UAACAUCAUUUGCUUGGUGUAGGUCCUUCAAAUUUUGUAUUUAAUUUUUUGAAUUGCAUGCCACUAUGAAUGAAUAAAGAAGGUAUGAAAGAAACGUACUAAACCUUCAAUUUAUAAAAACGAAAAUGUUGGAAAGUGUUGUCGCGAGGUUAUUAAAUCAGUUAUUGGGAAAAUAUGUUGUGGAUUUGGAUACGGAAAAUUUAAAUGUGGGAAUUUUUUCCGGUCAUGUUCAACUGACCGACCUGCAGUUAAAGGCUGAAGCUUUGUACGAAUUAAAUCUUCCAAUUAAGGUAAAAAUCGGCACAAUCGGAAAAAUAUGGCUAAAAAUACCCUGGAACUAUUUAUGGAAUGAGCCCGUUGUGUUGACAAUCGAGGACAUACUGAUCACUGCUGUGCCAAUCGUUUCAUAUGAUAAAUAUGAUCCAGAAAUUGAAAAACGAUUGUCGAGGGCAGUAAAACGAAAAAUAUUAAAUGAUUUAGAUACAGAUAGGAGAUUUAUUGGUGGACCCAACUCAUUCUCUGAACACUUGCUCACCAACUUGGUGAACAACUUGCAGAUUAAUGUUUCAAACAUCCAUAUACGGUACGAAGAUUCGGUUAGUGCAAAUCAACCUUUGGCAUGUGGAUUAUGUAUUGGCAGUAUUACAGCUGAAACUACCAAUAGCAAAUGGAAAGCGUCAAAAGCAACCAGCAGCAGUGAGACAUGCUAUUACUUGAUUAAAGUUGAAGCACUCUCAGUAUAUUGGAAUCCACAAUAUAAAACUGAAAAAUGGGACAUUCCUUCACAAUAUUAUCAGUGGAGGAACGUUAUGUCGAACAGUCUGCAAAAUUUUUCGAUGAACAAUCAGGACUUUGAAUUCGUUGUUAAGCCAAUGACGUCGAAAGUGAAAAUGACAAUAAAUAGAUCAGAUAAUAGGAAUAUAACAAAAAUCUUUAGUGACAUUGUAAUACAAGAUUGUAAUAUACAGUUUUCCCAAAGACAAUUUCAAUCAAUUUUUACUCUUAUGGACGCUUUAGAUAGAAUGUUUAUAAGCUGGAACUUCUUGUCCUUAAGACCAAAACACAGAAUUUCAGAAAAUAAACGAAGUUGGUGGAAAUACGCCUAUCAGGCUUUACUGGAACAAAGAGUUCGGCCGUAUACAUGGAGUAGAAUUAAGAAAGUGAGGCAACAGUACAAGGAGUAUACGGAGGCUUAUAAGAAAAUUCUACUCAACCCCAACGACACCGAAUUAAAAUUAGAUUUACAGAAAUAUGAAGAUCUUUUAUCAAUUGUAAAUAUUGUAAUAUCCAGACAACAAGCGGCUUUGUUGGUGCGUGCAGACAGCUUCGGAGAUAAAAAUUUUUGGUCAAUGCUUCCUUCCCCUGAACGUGCCGAAUUAUGUGCGAAAAUUGGAUACUCCGAACAGCUAGUUGCCGACAAGAAACAAGGCAUAGAGCACAAGCACAAUUUCCGCAUCGGAAACGUAAGUCUGUCAUUACUGGAAUCAAAACGAGAGGUUUUUGUUUUAACAAUGACCCAAUUUAUUUUAUCUACUGUGCCUAAUUUUGAAGAAGACACCUAUAAGUUUUUUCUUAAAAUUGAGGGUAUCGUGGUGGAAGGCGCAAGUUUGGAGGAGCACCUCGUUCCUAUUAUAUCAUCUGAACAUAUUCAUAGCAGUCCAGCCUAUUUUUUUAAAAUCGAUAUCGAAAAACAUAAACCAAAUUCUAACCCAUCAUUUUCUGUUAACGGCGCUUUAAGUACCACUGAAGUUGUAUAUCAAGAGCACGCGUUUAACGAAUUAGGAAAGUUUAUCAGCAGUAAGACAAUAUCAUUAGAUUACAUAUACGAGUUUAUUUCGAAAAUUCCCCAAAAAUUGAUCAACUUCGUGAUUGACAAAGUUGGGAAACAUUGGUCCUUUAAUUUUGAUAUAAAAGUACCUUACUUGGUGUGGUCGCAAAGUGGCGUACAAAAAGUUGAAAAUAUUUUGGUAGCAGAUUUAGGCCAUUUGAAGAUAGAAACUGAGUUAUGUGAAAAAUGUGAUAUAUCCGAAAUAUCAACGCCUAUGGAAUUAGAAGAGCAGCUUUAUUCUCGUCUCAUUGUAAAUUGCAACGAAAUGCAAAUAUUGUUCUGUAGUACCGCGGAAAAUUGGAAGGAUGCCCGAAAAGAAAGGGACAGCGACAUGCAUUUGCUUCAAAAGCUCAACUUUUCAUCAACUUUCGCCAUCAGCUAUCAAUCUUUUCAUUCCAUUCCGCGGUAUAAAUGGAAUGUAACGAUGCCUAGUUUGAAAAUAAAUCUAUCUGAGAAAAAAAUAUCUUCGUUAGUUACAUUUUUCAACAACUUCACCCGAAAUGGUUCCUUUCAUACAUCACCAUUUCGUAUAUCAAAGCUACACAGCAUACUAAAACUGGAUCGAAUCGUUAAGAAAAUUCGCCCCAACUACUUACAAAAAGUAAAAAACUCUGUUCGCGUCGGAGAAAGACAUAUAAAGUACAAAAUGAACAAAAUUGAACGAAAUGGACUAAUCAGUAAAGAUGGAAGGAAAAACGAUGAUACUCAGAGGAAAGAAAAUAUGAAUGAAGCGUGGGCACGUGUCGUGGACUUGCCGGGUUUGGAAGACAACACAUCACCUUCGAAUAAUAUUUUGAAGUUAUUCCGAAUAGUAAUUAAUGAUUUUUCUUUGGCAUUUUCACGCUCAAGUGACGUGACAGAGAGACCUUACUUACUAUUUCGUCUGGGUUCGUUUAUGAUGGAUGUUGCGUUUAUGACUUACGGACCGGCGUACCAAAUUUCAAUUAACAGUAUCUUACUGACGGACAAAUUAUAUACAACACGAAGCGGGCAAUAUUUAGAUUUAAUUUAUAGUCCAGUGCCGAGUACGGCUGAUGUGUUAACGAUAUUGUAUAGAAGAGUUGACGCGAAUUGUCCGGAUUUCUGGACGCAUUUCCAUGGUGUGGAAACAUCUUUAGUCGCAGAUUUAGGAACAUUGAACCUGUUGCUCCAUCAAGAUGCCUUGCACACAAUCCUUAAGUAUAGUCGAUAUAUGUGCAAUAAGAUUUCCAAACAAACUUCCAGUAAUGUCAUCCGAAUUUUAAAGAAUGCUGUUGAAAAGGUCAAAAAAUCACUCCAAAGCAAACAACCCGAAACGCCAGUUCCCCCUGGCGCUGUGAAGUUUUCCCAUUCCGCUCAUUUAUCAAAUUUAAAAAUUCGAGUGUGCGAUUCCGAUUUCGAUAUAAUCAACAUUAGCCUUUCCGGGAUAGAAAUGGAUUUUUUGUUUAGAGCGAACGAAAGAUUCGUUUUUCGUUCAUACCUCAACACAAUAACCGUUGAACAUUUAUCGGACGGUACAUUAUACUCGAAGGUAAUUUCAACUGAUGGAGAUAAGGUGUAUGAAAUCAAAUACGUACGACAUGCUGCCAACAUUAUGCAAAAGAACGACAUAUCUCCAAGCACCGAAGACCUUAGCACCGAUGGUAGCUUCAAAUUCCAACUGGGUCGGAUACACAUCACUUUCCUAUACAAAUUAAUCGUGCAACUACAGAGGUUUAUUUUGAAUUUGGAGGGCGUCGCUUUUGUUCGAUGUAUAGUACACUUCUUACGAACUUCUCUAAACCGGGCAACUGAUACAAUGAAAGGACAUGCCAAGAUUAAUUUAUCCAUCAAUAUCCAGGGUCCUGUCCUGCUGUUUCCUCAGAAAUCCGAUUCACCUAAUGUGAUCGUGUUUGAUACAGGUGAACUGAAUAUUGAAAACUUCUUCAAGGAGUACACCACUGAAAGAAUAGAAAAUAUUUUAAUUAAACUGAAAGAUAUUACUGUAUUGAGAGGGAUAAUGACAUUAACUUCCAGUUUAGAAAUGCAGGAGACAAUGGUUGAACCGGUUCAUGUCCAAUUGGACGUGAAGCACUUCAUCAGUCAUUCAAAAUCAGUGAAAAAACUGUUCACGUGGGAUAUAGAUGGAGCUUUGGACGUUAUCCAAAUUACGCUUGGUCAACGUGAUCUCUCGAUAAUCUUAGCAGUUUACGUUGACAAUAUCGGCGAAGGAAAAUUGAUCGAUCUCAUUCCGACAACCAUAAAAACUUAUCAGGAAGCCAUAGAAAACGAUGACACGGUUAAAACGCUAGAGGCAUUCUUUUGCGAACCCAAGCAGAAAGACAUAUCCUUAAAGUUUUCGGUAGAUGCCGUCAAAGUGCUUCUGUUCUUUGAUUCGGGCGAACUUCUUAGCUCGCCGAUUCGCGAUUUGAACCACGGUUUGUGCAAAUUUGAGAUAUCAGAUAUUCUAACGUCGUUAAUUAUUUUCACGGAUAAAAGCUUCGAAGGGAAGCUAUCCAUCGACAGCUUGUUGAUCGAAGAGCUAGGACCCGAUGCUAAUAUUUACGAUAAAGAAAUUUUGCAUUCUCCAGUAGAUAGUAAUAAAAAUAACAACUGCAAUAUCACCGUAAAUAAGCCACCAAUAAUCGACAUUACGUUUCAUCAAAAUAAAACGGAAGACAAGACGAUAGAUAUCAUUGUGGGCCGGCUAAGUCUGUGCCUUUCAGUUCCGUUGUGCGAAAAAAUUGCACUGUUUGUUUUGGAAUGUCUUCCCAGAGAGAAUAUCGAUUUGGGUAUUAUAAACCAUGGAUACAUCGGUGAUAUACAAGGAGAUAAUGGUCAGACGAGUCCUCACAAAGGUUCAAGUAUUACAGUUGCUCUUCGCGUAAAUAAACCCGAAUUUAUUUUUCUAAUUGAGACAACUUCGAACAAGAAGAGGUAUUUCAUCACGAAAGCUGAAAUUUUGUCAGACUAUUCGCGGCAUAGUUCCAGACUAAACCUAACGCUCUCCCUAUCUGGUUUUCAUACACUUUUUUACGACCUAGGUUUAAAUACGUCAACUCCGUACGUUGUUUUGAAAAGGUGCGAUGUGGAAUUUUCAAAAACAUGCACAGAAGUGAAAGGCGAGAAGAUAACCAUGACGGUUUCUUCACUUUGUGUACAGCUUUGUAGCGGCGUUGUUCAUUCGAUUAAUGAUAUACUGAAUGACAUAAUUGAUCAUUUUAAAAUACCCGAACUGCCUCUCGAAAUAAGAAAGAGCAAAUCUAAGUUGGAUUCCGACGACCUUUGGGAACCAAAAAAACUAAACGAUAUUGUAACCAGAGUCGAAGAUGAUUACGAAAAAAUAAGCACAAAAGACAAAAUACACGAACUGAUUUUAUUUCCGAAAACGGAAGUCGUGGUCGUAUUUGAACUGGAUGAAAUACCCGUAAUCGUUUUUAAGUCGACUAUCGAAAUGACCGUCUGCGAUUGGAGUUCGUUAUUAAAUAGUACUUGCGAAAUAACAAUCCAAGCAAACUACUACAACGAAAGUUUACAAACGUGGGAACCGGUGAUUGAUCCUGUAGUCGCUAACGAAAACAAUUAUGUACCGUGGGAUAUCAUGAUCAAAGUGUUUCAAGAUAAAGCUUUGCCUAUUUUAAAUACAGCUGAUAAUAAAGUUAAAAAGGACUAUUCCAAAACUAGAAAGGCGAGUCCUUCUCCUUCGUCAACUGAAGAUGACGAAUCAAAGGACGGGAUGGUGUAUCUCCAGCCCCCAAAAAUGUAUCACAAAUUCAACAGCAAAGGCAUUAAAACUAGUUUAUCUACAUUUUUAGAUGAGACUGAUUCAGAGAAUGAAGACGGUGCCAUGGAAAAACUAGCUUCCGCUAUUUCAGAUUUAUUUACAGGAGACUGGAAUGAAAGUGAAGAAAGCGAUUACGAUCACUCAAGUGACGCCGAAGACGAAUCCGAAGAUAAUCUAGAUUCAAAACUGCAAAGUGCUCGUCCAAGCGUAGAAUUAACAAAACGAUUCAAGAAGUCCACAUACUUUCUGAUCGAUACAAAGGAAUCAUUAAAUAUCACUAUAACGCCCGCGUUUUUGAAAGUGUUAAAUGAAAUUUUUACUGUAUACUCCAGUAAGACUUUGUCCAUAAUGCCUAUAACCAAGUCCAUUAACUUAUUAAAUGAUAUUGGACCAAAAACUGUUGUGGAACUAUACGAAUCUAAAGGGACCGAACUCUUACAAGAGAAAGUACUGGUCCAUAGUAAGGCAUACGAAAAUGAGGAAUCAUGUCCAAAUAGUCCAACGAAAACGGUACAAGAUUUUAUUGAAGAAUCGAAUGAUGACAGAGACAGUUUGUCAGAGGAACUGUUAAAGUUAGAUUUAGACUUAAGCUACGACUAUGAGCUAACAGACACCCUUCAGUUUCCCAUCACAACUUCAGCGAGAUUGUAUGAAAAAAUCCACAGGCACUUUUUGAAAAUACACAUUCCUGGAUUUUUACCGUUACAAACCAACUGUCCUAAAAAAAAUUGGCAGAAGUUCAUUCCGUUGCAAUCGAGUUCUCAUAAUAAAACAUACUAUCUCAUUGCGAAGCACAAUAUUAAUAAACAUGGCAGGACUGUCGUCGUCAGUUCGCCUUUGCAGAUACGUAACGAAACGUGCUUUGCACUCAGUGUGCUUUAUCAACCGUCCAUUUUGCAACAACUGAACCUAGAACCGGUGGGAGAUGUAAUGAACCCCUUCGAGACCACCAUGCGCAUAACAGUCCUAGAACCACACGAACAUUACAACGUGCCUCUUUACAUCGCAUAUCACUGCAAAUUGUUUAUUCAGCCCGCUUAUGCUGAGGGACACUAUAUGUCCGAAACUGGAUUAUGGUGGAAAGAUCUGGCAACUGAACUGGAUAUGCCCCAUCAUAUCACCUGUAAACCAAAAUCCACAUCUAACUUAGAAGUAUUUGCCCUGAAAGUGUUACUAAAUCGGAAUGUCGACGUCCGAAAUUCUCACUUGUACGCGAGUCCCAAUUACGUUAUCCGCCUACUUCCUCCUCUCGCAUUCCAAAAUUUACUACCCUACACAUUGGAGGUACAAAAUAUUGAGCUUAAACAGCAAAUGAAGGUCGAACCAGGGGAGAAGUCAAGCAUAUACUCCAUCGAUCUAUCUAAAGAUCAGAGAUUUUUGGUAAAAGUUUCCUAUUCCGGGUUUGUAUGGACCGGAUUACUAAACGUAACUGCGGAUUUCGACGAAAAAAUUAUUAUGCUGUCGACGGAUGCCAAAUCAAAUGGGACCAAUAAACAGUUACCUAUUCACGUCAAGAUUGAGAAAGAAAAUAAUUAUAACAUAUUUUUUUAUGCGUCGUACUGGAUCGUAAAUAAGACUGAGCUGCCUCUUCAAUUAAAGGCAACGUCCAAUCCGAAUAUUUUUGAGAGCACAAACGAAGAUAUCUUAUUAUUUUCGUUCAAAAGGCACACAAAACAAAGCAUAACUCUCAGAGUGUAUGAGUCAAAUUGGUCAAAUGAUUUUGGUUUAGAUUGUGCUGGAACUACUGGUUUGGUGGUAUGCAAGGAUCAUGAAAGGAAAAAGAGGUACUCGCUCCUCCUUUCAAUACGACUCUCUGAAAUGUGCCCGCAAUACACAAAAGUUGUUACAUUCCUGCCCAGUUUUAUUAUUAUAAAUAGUACCAGGAAACAUUUAAGGUUUAUGGAACACAACGAAAAAACUGACUUAUGGGUUGACCUACCCCCAAAUCAGCACAAACUCUUUUGGCCCGAAACUGGAUCCAUGGAAAUGUACGUCAAGUAUAGAGACAGCAAACUAAAUUCUCAGCCAUUUUUUAUUGCAACCGUCCACCACACUGUACUUCGUAUGGACAAGGGGACCGCGAUUUGUGUUAACGUGACCGGCGGUACAAGCGGACCGUUUCACGUAACUUUUAAGGAAUACGCGGAAGGGGAUGCUCCAAUACUGAUAAAAAAUAUGUGCGCAGAUUUGUUUUUGAAAAUUCAACAACAAGGUCAAAGCCCUGUUACCCUCCUAAACCCGUUCACUUCACUAAUGUAUACGUGGGACGACCCGAUUAAACCUCGUCAAUUAUUGUGGAAUGUUUAUAACAAUAAAGGAUCCGGAUUUUUUAUAGACGUGUUCAAGGAUGGUUAUGGAGAAGAAAGGAUCAAUUUUCACAGUGUGCCCUCAGGAAGUGCAAAUCCGAACAAGUCGAGUGUCGAAAGUUCGAGUAGCGAAGAUUCAGAUACAGCAGACAGUGUAAAAACUACGCUGAACCGUAAAGUUCGUAGGGACAAGAUCGUCGUGUAUUGGAUUUGUUACAGCGACGGGCUUCAAAAAACGCUUUUGUUUACUCAAGAGCAAAAAAUCGCCACCUUUACCAUGAAGUCAUAUUUAACCAGGCUGUGUGACGUGGAGUGCUUGAUAUCCAUGUCAGGUAUUGGAAUUUCAAUUUUUGGUAAGAACCUCAAGAAGGAGAUAGCAUACGUAUCCGUGUCAGAUGCUCCAGCCGUAUGGGAAGUAAACGUGGGUCACAAGUGGAAAACUCUCACUCUGGAACUGGCUUCCUGGAUUGAGGAUAAAUAUCGGUUGCACUAUAAGAAGUGCCAAUUAAAGGACUACAUCCACAUAGACUUUGAAAAGAUGUUUAUGCUGAAGCCUUUCUUCGCUGAACUGCGACGAUGUUACAACUCCGCUAUUUAUGGACUAUACAGAAGAUCGCGUAACCAUCAAUAUCUUAGUGUUAAAGUACAGUCGCUUCAAAUUGACAACAAGCAAUCAUCUUCGAAUGACUUUGUCAUCUUGCACCCAACACCGUCUGUCAACAUAAAAGGAACAAAUCCAUUCAUAGAUCUAGCAGUUUUUAAGUUUUAUAACACAAAUGUUAGCGUUUACAAAGACAUACGGUUGAAUGUCGAACAAUUUUAUUUUCAUCUAGAAUCUCAGCUUCUGACUGAGGUAGCUGAACUACUAUCCGAACCUUUCAAAAUAAAGGAAAACGUCAUAGGCCUCUACCGUCUUGAAAUCGGCAGCAUCCAUGCACCUUUAAUUGCACCAUCUAAGGAAUCAGAAAUGUGGAAUACCAGAAUAGAAUGUCUUCAAAUAUCUCCUAUUACAGUUCAGUUAAAUAUUUCCAGCAGAAAUCAAUCACAUAAUCAAAACUUUAAUAUUCUAUUCAGCAACCUAUUUAAUUAUUUAUUUCCAUUGAAUGCAUCCCCCUACAUGCCAGCGGAAGGGGUGCAGCAUAGAGUUUCGCCUCUUGAAUUAAUCGAUGUCAAAGGUUCAAACGCAGAUGUCUUCUUUGAGAUUCUACAGCAUUUAAAGUCUCAAUUUCUACAGCAGUAUUACUCCCAAGUAUUAGGUUUACAGGUACUGGUUAAUAGUUACUCUGUUCAAUCCGUUGCAAAUCAUGAGUGUGCUCUCAAAGAAUACGACAAAACAGCCAACUUGCUAAUAUCUGGUUGUCGGUGCCUCUUAGGUCAUGUCAAUAUGUCACCAGCUGCAUUGGAACAAUGUGUUUUGGAAACUUUCGCGCAUCAAUCUAUUGAGAAUACGCAUCGUAUUAGGAGGCAUGAUUCGUAUCAUAAGACAAGCACGGUUCCCAAAAGUGUUACCACGCUAAGUAAAAACUUUAACACUGGCGUUACAAUAGCUCUCAGUCAAUUAAUUGCUAAACACAGUCAGAAUGGAAUGCAUUAUGACGGAGAAGUAUUUUUCAGAGGUACAGGUAAAGCUCUGUUUUCACUUAUAACUAGGCACCCUGACGACAAGUCUGACAACGUACAAGUCGCGAUUGAAGCAUUGAGGAGAGCCUGUAUUUUGGGUGAACCUAUUUCGAUUCACCAGAGAUUGACGCGGUAUUGCAAUCCACAUCUGGGCUUAAAACCUUUCUGUAUAUAUGAAUCCAUGGGGAAUCAUUUGCUGGAGAGUAUCGCCAAUUACAAGUACUUUGAAGAUUCAUAUUGGGCCCAUGCACCCACUGAUAAAGUGGGAAAGUCCGUUAUAAUUCUGAGCUUACAGCACAUAAUUCGAGUAAACAAGUGCAGAUUGUGGGGCACUUGGGAAGUAGAAUGGUGUUUAGAUUUAGAUGAUAUCAUUUCUGUGCCCCAAAUAGAAACAAAAGAAUUAGUUCUCAACGUGCGACAGGAUGAAAAUAAAUACGCAACUUCAACAGAAAACUUAACAAUUUGUGGCGAUAAAGAAACAUUAAUGUGGCUUAAAGAAAAAAUCGAACAAGCCAUUGUUGUAAGUAUGGAAGACAAAUCUUGGACAACAACAGAGUAAUUAUAUUUUACAUUUUAUGGAAAUAACCUAUGGUUACUGUUCAACAUGAAUAAAGAUUUAUGUCGUUUUAUUA